AUGGAGCCGCCGGCCCUCGCUGGAGCUGCCGCCGCGGCGCGGCGCAUGGGCCGAGUCCUGGAGGCCUCCGAGCCCGUUUCCCUCAACGACACAAGGUCUCAGGAGUCUGACCAUGCCGAGCAGGCGGUCCCCGACCUGUUCAAAGAGAGGAGAGCAGUAAUGGAAGACGAGGCACGGAAGGCAGAAGCCUACGAAGAGGCCCUCCGUGCCGAGGAGGAGCAGCUCGGUGCCAAGGCCGUUCAGGUGAUGAAGGCAAUGAGGAUGGACAUGCAGAGCUUGGACUCACGGCGCCAGGUCAUGCACAACUGGAUAUCCUGGUCAGGCUUCGACUCUGCUGUGGGCGUCGUGAUCAUCGCGAACGCCGUCACUAUCGGUCUGGAAACCCAUUACGCCUCCCUGGAAUGCGCCGCCGGCCCUUCCUGCGAGUCGAUUCGGAUUCCCACGUGGCUCUCCGUCGUGGAUAACGUGUUCUUUGCCAUCUACGUUCUGGAGUUCGGCUUGCGAUACUAUGUUUACGGAUGGACAGUCAUCAAGAGUAACUGGAUCAAGUUCGAUAUAUUCCUCAUCGUCAGUUCAACGAUUGAUCUCAUCUUGCGGCCCAUUCAAUUUGACAGCGAGUUGCUGGAUCAGAUCCACUGCUGCAUCUAUGAGUCUAUGAUUACAACCUUCGCUCGCAUGGAGACGCCUUCAGAUCCUUAA